ACCAAAAAAAAAAAAAAAAUCAGUCCGUUUGCACUCUCUCAGUCAGAGGUUCAGUUCAGAUCAAAAGCUUUCACUCCACAUGGUAGUGAGCAUUGCGCCUUAUUGCUUGAGUUUUUCUCAACAAACCUGUCAUUCAAACUACAUUUCAAAGCAUAUAGCAUUAAGUGAAUAUAGAAGAGACAUACGGAGGGGUUGCCUUAGAAGGCCUCAGAUUUUGCCUUCUACUCUUGGAGAUGCUGUUGGGUUACGUGUGUUUGUGCUUUCCGACUUGCACACCGACUAUACCGAGAACAUGGAAUGGGUCAAGUGCUUACCAAGUGUCAGAUACAAGAAUGAUAUUCUUAUUGUUGCGGGUGAUGUUGCUGAGACGUACAAGAACUUUAUCGUGACAAUGUCUCUCUUGAAGGACAGAUUUGAGCAUGUCUUGUAUGUACCUGGCAACCAUGACCUUUGGUGCCGUCACGAGGGAGAAAUUUAUCUUGAUUCUCAUCAGAAAUUAAAGAAAUUGCUUGACACGUGUAGAGGACUUGGAGUUCAGACCAGUCCAAUGGUUUUAGAUGGCUUAGGAAUCAUUCCUUUGUUCUCAUGGUACCAUGAGAGCUUUGAUAGGGAGGAGGAAAUAACCAGCAUCCACGUUUUGCCUUUGGAGAUGGCAUGUAAGGACUUCAAGGCAUGCAAGUGGUCCAAGGAACUGUCAAAUGGAGAUAUCUCACUUGCCCUGUACUUUGAUGCAAUGAAUGAAAAGAAUCAGAGUGUGAUCAAGGAGAUCCAGAACACAUGUAACCAAAUAAUUACAUUUUCUCAUUUUGUUCCCAGGCAAGAGCUGUGCCCAGAGAAAAGGAUGCUAUUCUAUCCAAAGCUUCCAAAGAUUAUCGGUUCUGAUUGUCUUGAGUUCCGUAUAAGGUCUAUCCAUGGGGUUGAAGGAAGUCCAUCUGCAUGUCAUGUGUUUGGUCAUACACAUUUCUGCUGGGAUUCAGUGCUUCAUGGUAUCAGGUAUGUGCAGGCUCCAUUGGCUUACCCAAGAGAACGGAAGAGAAGAAUGAAUGGGGGUGACAAGUGGUUGCCAUUUUGUAUCUAUAGCAACGGAAAGUUUUCUGAUAGACUUUCACCUUGUUAUUGGUCUGAUUAUUACUCUACCAACCCACGAACACCUCAUAACACUCAACUUGCUCCUUGGGUUGCCAGAUUUUAUAACCAAACAUGACAAAAUGUUGAUUAUCUGUUAUCAUGUUACAUAAACCUGCUGAAUAUGUGGUGAUCACUGUUCAUGUUACAUAAACUUGCUGAAUAGUAGUGAUCACUGUUCAUGCCGUUUGUUCAUCUAUAAACCUUGUGGUUCUGAUUCUGAA